AUGAGUCGUGGAUAUUCAGAAAACAACAAUUUCCUAAACAAUAACAACCAAAUGGUAUUGGACAUGAUCCUUUACCCAUUAAUUGGAAUCCACCAGACCAUCAAUUGGGAAACUGUGGCAAGGCUUGUGCCUGGAUUAACACCCAAAGAGUGCGCAAAGAGGUUUGAUGAGCUGAAGAGCAGUGGCGGUUCACCUGUGGACAACCAGUAUAGUCCCCUCAUGGCUGCUGGGGAGAGUCCUGUUGAAACUUUAGCCACGUACAUCAAAUCCUCGCUUCUUGACACACAAGGAGAAUUUCAGGAGACUCCAGUUGGUCAGGAUGCAGUUUCUAAAACAGGAAGACAUAGUAUAGCUUCCACAAGGAAUUGUUCUUCAGAAAGUGAAAAUUGUACUACUCAUAAUGGUGGAGAAAAGACUGAAGAAUCUGAAGGGCCAAACAUGGUGAUCCAUGUAUGUGAUGAAGCAAAAAACUUGAAAGAAGAUUUUAUUUGCCCACGAGAUCUUUUGAUAUCAGAAAUGAAGUACUUUGCUGAAUAUUUAUCUGUGGAUGCCCAGCGCUGGGAAGAGGUGGACAUUUCAGUUCAUUGUGACGUUCACAUUUUCAACUGGUUGAUAAAAUAUGUUAAAAGGAACACUAAGGAGAAUAAAGAUUGUGAGAUGCCCUCUUUAGAGCCAGGAAAUGUCAUUUCAAUUCUUAUUUCUUCAGAGUUUUUGAAAAUGGAUUCCCUGGUUGAACAGUGUAUACAGUAUUGCCACAAAAAUAUGAAUGCCAUUGUAGCUACUCCAUGCAACAUGAACUGUAUUAAUGCAAAUCUUCUUACACGUAUAGCUGAUCUGUUUACACACAAUGAAGUUGAUGAUUUAAAGGACAAGAAAGAUAAGUUUAGGAGUAAACUUUUUUGUAAGAAGAUUGAGAGACUUUUUGAUCCUGAGUACUUGAAUCCAGAUUCUCGGAAUAAUGCAGCAACAUUAUACAGAUGCUGUUUGUGUAAGAAACUUUUAACAAAAGAAACAGAAAGAAGAAUUCCUUGCAUUCCUGGAAAAAUCAAUGUGGAUCAGCAUGGAAAUAUUAUAUAUAUUCAUAUAAGAGAUAAAACUUGGGAUGUUCAUGAGUAUUUGAAUAGUCUUUUUGAAGAAUUAAAAUCUUGGAGAGAUGUAUAUUGGCGCUUAUGGGGAACAGUCAACUGGCUAACUUGUUCAAGAUGUUAUCAGACUUUUCUCUGCAUAGAGUUUUCACACUGUCAGUAUCACUCAGAGACAGUGAUUUAUCCUGCUGCAGGAAGUUCGCUGAGUACUGUUGGCACUGGAAUUUAUCCCUGCUGUAACCAAAAGGUUCUUCGAUUUGACCCCACUCAGCUUACAAAGGGUUGUAAAGUAAAGGACCAUAUGGUUACUCUUCGUGAUCAAGGUGAAGGUGAAGAUUUGCUGUCCUGUCCAACUGCCAAAAUUCUGGAUGAUCUGCACAAACACAAAGAUGUCAUCCUUGUGCCUUUUGCUAAAGAUACAAUUAGUGAUUCUGGUGGUCCCUGUGAUGAAAAGGGUCUAGACUAUGAUGUUUUACUGGAGCCAAAUACACCAUGGGGCCCCAAGAGUGGGGAGCUUAAUGCUUUCUUAUCACUGAAAAACUGGACUCUGCAGCUGAAACAACAGUCAUUAUUUUCAGAAGAAGAAGAAUAUACCACUGGGUCCGAGGUCACUGAAGAUGAAGUUGGAGAUGAAGAAGAAGUAUCCAAGAAACAAAGGAAAAAGGAGAAGCCAAAGAAGUUCACUAAACAACCAAAGAAGCAGAUGUCUUCACCCUGUGGUCAGAAGAAAGAAAAGGCCCUGGAGAAGUCAACUUCUAGAGAUGUAUCUCCUUUCAUUGUAAGUAUGCAGAAGAAUAAGUGGGAUGCCACAAGAUCCUUGAGAUUCAACCAAGAUGCCCAAAGAGAAGAUGAUCAGCGGCGGAUGUCUGAAAUUACUGGGCACCUAAUAAAGAUGAGAUUGGGUGAUCUGGAUCGAGUCAGGUCAAAGGAAGCAAAAGAAUUUGCAGGAGGGAUUUAUUCCAGGCUUGAAGCACAAAUCAAGGCCUCAGUGCCAGUCAGUGCUCGGCAGAGCAGCUCGGAAAAAAACACAAGGUCUAAAAGUCGUUUUGGUCAAGGUCGGCCUGUGUAA